AUGACGUCAGACAAAGAAAAUUUCUCCAAGAAUGAGGAAUCUGGUAAGAAGGAGGGAUUAAAAGAGGGGGAGUCAAUUCCAAAUGUAGAUAUGAUGGAUUUGACAGAGGAGGAUAAGAUUUUGAAGGAGGAAAUAGAUGGUUUGGUGGAGAAGGUAAUAUCAGAGGAGUCUGGGUUUGAGGUUUCCAAGUCCAGUUUGGAAUCUCUUUCGAGCUUAAUAAAGACAUCUACAAGCGGAAUGACAUCGGUUCCUAAGGCAUUAAAGUUUUUGGGAAUACAUUACCAGAGACUAAAAGAGUUUUGUGAUUCCCAAAUUUCCAAGAAAAGCCAACUAUCCGAGCUUUCUUGCGAAAUUAUUUCGGUUUUAUCAACCACUUUAGGGGAUAUGAAAGAGAGAAAAGCCUUAAGUUAUAGACUACUUUCUGGAAACAAGAAAGGAAUCUUGGAUUGGGGUCAGGAAUAUGUCAGAAAUAUAGUAGGCGAAAUUACUUUAGAGUAUUCUGAGAUACAAGCCAACCAAGAUUUACCUGGUGCUUCAGACCAAGAUGUAAAUGUUUCAGAUCUUCUUGAGUUAGUUAAGAUUAUGGUUCCUUAUCAAAUUGAGAAGCACUGUGAGUUGGAAGCCAUUGAUUUACUAUGUGAAGUUGAGCAAAUGGAGACAUUGUUGGAAUAUUUGACUAAAAUUGAUGUUGAACAGAUGGAAAGAAUCGUAUUGUACUUGCAACAACUCUCCCAGUAUGCCAUAUCAGCAGAAGAACAUGAUUUGUAUCUAAAGCUUUGCUUUGAGCUACUUUUAAGCUUUGAAAAGCACUCAUGGGCAGUUUCUGUGGCUCUUAAAUUGGAUGGCCAAAAUUGUAAAGAGAAGAUAUUUUCUGUAAUAGAUGAUAUUAUUUCCUAUGACUCAAAGAGGAGUAAAAUAAAGAAUCAUGAAGCCAAAGAUUCCAACAGUUUAAACUUAUCAGGCAAUUUUAAAGUCUCAGGAUUGAGCAUUCUGAAGCAAAUCUUUUUCCAGCUUGCUAAAUUCUCAAGCAACAUAAACUUGGAGGAACUUAAGAGUCAUUUAAUCAGCAGAGAUUUUUGUAAGAUCUAUGGCGAAUCUGAGCUAUCCAUAAUUGAAGAAAUAUUUUCUAAUGAAUACCUCAGUAAAUUCUAUUUGUUCUUAGCAAAAGAAUUAGAGGUUCUUGAGCCAAAAACUCCAGAAGAAAUUUACAAAACUCAUCUAGAAGAGAAUAGUAGAUAUUCUAGUAGAUCAAUGAUGGUUUUGGAUACUGCUAAACAGAAUUUAGCAUCUACUUAUGUGAAUGCAUUGGUAAAUGUUGGGUUUUGCAAAGAUAAGUUAAUUGGAGAGGACGAUUCAUCUUGGCUUUAUAAGAAUAAGGAUUCUGGUAAGAUGGCGGUGAGUGCAUCAUUAGGGGUCAUUAAUCUUUGGAAUAUCGAUGAAGGUUUGGCUAAUAUUGAUAAGUUUCAGUGGAGUGAUGAUCCAUUCAUUAAAGCUGGAGCUCUGAUAGCUUUUGGAUUGAUUUCCAUUAGAAUCAAGAAUGAUUGUGACCCUUCUUUUGCUCUUUUAUCUGAAUAUAUAAAUUCUGGAGACGAACCAAUCCAAGAGGUGUCUACUAGUGAUGUUAAAGAUGAAGGGGAUGAUGUAAAGAUGGAAGUGGGAAACAAAACAACAGAUAAAUCGAAUGACAAUAAGAUCUCGAUAAUCAAGACAGUAGUUCCAAAUUAUACUAUUAGAAUGGGUGCUAUUUUAGGUCUUGGAUAUUCAUAUAUUGGUACCUGCCGAGAUGAUAUCUUAGAGUUACUGAUUCCAGUCCUAAUGGAUCCUUUUUCAAGCUUAGAAUGCUCUGCUAUUUCUGCUUUAUCUUUGGGUUUAAUAUUCUCAGGAUCAGGAAAUCAGAGCAUUAUCGAGGCUGUUUUGGACCUACUUUUGACAAUUGGAUUCACCAGUGGGGGUAUGGAUGAUGGGGAAUCUAAUAGUGAAAGUAAGAAGAAAUCUUCGGGAGACUCACAAUUAGAGAGUAAUUCUUUCCUAGAUGACCCUCUAAGUAUUCUUUAUGGAUUAUGCUUGGGGUUACUCUUUUUAGGAAAGCGGGAGGCUUGUGAAACUACUUUAGAAGCUCUUUCGGUCAUAACUCAUCCAAUAGGAGCUCACUGCAGACAAACUGUGGUUGGCUGUGCCUACGCAGGAUCGGGCGAUGUACUUAAGAUCCAAGAGAUGCAAAGAGUUCUUGUGGAGGAGACCCUCGCAAAGGGAGGGAAGAAACGAGCAGAAGAAGAGGACCAAAUAGAUGAUGAAGAAUCAGAUAUCUCAGUAUUGGUUUGCGUGUUAAAUAUGGCACUAAUCAGCCUUGGAGAGGAGAUUGGCUCUGAAAUGUCUCUUAGAGCACUUGACAAUGUCCUUCAGUACUCCUCAGUCUUUAUUAGGAGAGCUGUUCCAAUUAGUUUAGCUGCUCUUUCAAUUGGAAACCCCAAGCCAGUAUUAAUAGAUACAAUUUCCAAACUAACUCAUGAUUCUGACCCGGAUGUGGCUUUAAAUGCAAUUUUUGCUCUUGGAUUAAUUUCUGCAGGGACAAACAAUGCCAGAACUGCAAACUUGCUGAGACAGUUAGCCUCUUAUUAUGGAAAAGAUAAACACGCUCUAUAUGCAGUAAGAAUUGCUCAAGGUUUUCUAUACAUGGGUAAAGGUCUCGUAACAGUGAAUCCUUGCCACACAAACAAGCUUCUUUUAAAUCCAAUAAGCCUGGUUUCCAUCAUCACAACCCUUCACCUUGCUCUUAGAUCUAGAACCAUUCUUUUUGGAAAUUAUCAUUAUCUCUUGCUUUCAAUUGUUCCUGCAAUUACCCCCAGACAUGUGAUCACUGUUGACACGUCAUUGGCGCCAGUCCAGACCCUGGUACGUGUGGGGCAGAUGGUAGACACUGUAGGACAAGCAGGAAAUCCAAGAAAAAUCACAGGGUUCCAAACACACAACACUCCAGUUCUUCUCGGGUUUAAUGAGAGAGCUGAACUAGCAACUGAUGAAUUCGUUCCGGCUUGUAGCUCUAUUGAGGAUAUUGUAAUCCUAGAACGAAAUCCAGAGGCUGAGAAUAGUGGGAUUAAUGGAAGUGAUAAAUAA